AUGGCGGCGGUAGUGGCGGCGGCGGCUGUGCGGGCUCGGAUCCUGCAGGUUUCUUCCAAGGUGAACUCCACUUGGUAUUCAGCAUCCUCUUUCUCUUCUUCAGCGCCAACUGUAAAACUCUUCAUUGAUGGGAAAUUUGUUGAAUCCAAAAGUGACAAAUGGAUCGACAUCCACAACCCAGCCACCAAUGAGGUCAUUGGUCGGGUCCCUCAGGCCACCAAGGCUGAAAUGGACGCUGCUGUUGCCUCCUGCAAACGUUCUUUUCCCGCAUGGGCAGACACUUCAGUAUUAAGCCGUCAGCAGGUUCUGCUUCGCUAUCAACAACUUAUUAAAGAAAACUUGAAAGAAAUUGCCAGGUUAAUCACGCUGGAACAAGGGAAGACCCUAGCCGAUGCUGAAGGAGAUGUGUUUCGAGGCCUUCAGGUGGUUGAGCAUGCCUGUAGUGUGACAUCCCUCCUGCUGGGAGAGACCAUGCCAUCCAUCACCAAAGACAUGGACCUUUAUUCCUACCGUCUGCCUCUGGGCGUGUGUGCAGGCAUUGCUCCAUUCAAUUUUCCUGCCAUGAUCCCCCUUUGGAUGUUUCCCAUGGCCAUGGUGUGUGGAAAUACCUUCCUAAUGAAACCAUCAGAGCGAGUCCCUGGAGCAACUAUGCUUCUUGCUAAGUUGCUCCAGGACUCUGGUGCCCCUGAUGGAACACUGAACAUCAUCCAUGGACAACAUGAAGCUGUGAACUUUAUUUGUGAUCAUCCGGAUAUCAAAGCAAUCAGCUUUGUGGGAUCCAACCAGGCAGGAGAGUACAUCUUCGAGAGAGGGUCAAAACAUGGCAAGAGAGUUCAAGCCAAUAUGGGAGCCAAGAACCAUGGGGUAGUCAUGCCAGAUGCCAAUAAGGAAAAUACACUUAACCAGCUGGUUGGGGCAGCAUUUGGAGCUGCUGGUCAGCGCUGCAUGGCUCUUUCAACAGCCAUCCUUGUGGGAGAAGCUAAGAAGUGGCUGCCAGAGCUGGUGGAGCGUGCCAAAAACCUGAGAGUCAAUGCAGGAGACCAGCCUGGAGCUGAUCUUGGCCCUCUGAUCACGCCUCAGGCCAAAGAGCGAGUCUGUAAUCUGAUUGAUAGUGGAACAAAGGAGGGGGCCUCCAUCCUUCUUGAUGGUCGAAACAUUAAAGUCAAAGGCUAUGAAAAUGGCAACUUUGUUGGACCAACCAUCAUCUCAAAUGUCAAGCCAAAUAUGACUUGUUACAAAGAGGAGAUUUUUGGUCCAGUUCUUGUGGUUCUGGAGACAAAUACUUUGGAUGAAGCCAUCAAGAUUGUAAAUGAUAACCCAUAUGGAAAUGGAACUGCCAUCUUUACCACCAAUGGAGCCACUGCUAGGAAAUAUUCCCACUUGGUGGAUGUUGGACAGGUGGGUGUGAAUGUCCCCAUUCCAGUGCCUUUACCAAUGUUCUCAUUCACUGGCUCUCGAUCUUCCUUCAGGGGAGACACCAAUUUCUAUGGCAAACAGGGCAUCCAAUUCUACACUCAGCUAAAGACCAUCACUUCUCAGUGGAAAGAAGAAGAUGCUACUCUUUCCUCACCUGCUGUGGUCAUGCCAACCAUGGGCCGUUAG